AUGGACUCGAGAUAUAGCGCUUUUAGUAUCCCGCGCCGUCCAGUCACCAGCGCCGCGUUGCCCGCGGACCCUCCGCCGCCGUACUCUGCCCUCCCUGGGCGCCCGCCGUUGCCGCCUCGCCUCCGCUCCAGCAAGUCGGCCACGCGAUUACACGAGCGGCAGAAGCAUCAACCGCCAGAACUGCCGCCUCCGUUUCCUUUGUCCAAGAACAAGUCGGCCGCGACGCUGCCUCCUGGUUUCGUGUUUGACGAUGCAGCGGCGUCGCACUCGCUGUCACCGCCGCCCCCCCUGCCAGUCCGCAGGGCCAAGAGCUCGGUAGAUUUACGUCGGCCGCAGACUUCGGCAGAGUCCACAGUCAAGACGGAAUCGUCGUGGAAGAAGGCGCUGGACGAAGCGCAGUACUUCGCCGGCGGACUCAUCAGCAGUCCGGUGGAAUCAACCAGGCACCACAGCAUCAUCCGCCACUCGGGCGCGUUAGUGUGGUACCGCGGGCCGGACACGUCAGUCACCAUCACGGUAUUGUCGGAUGAGCCGCUCCCGCAGACGCGCACGCUGUGGCUCCAGCAAAAGGGGUACUCGGGCAGCAUGGGCAUGUCCCUGAAAGCGAUGGUCGGCACCACCAGCAGCUGGCUGGACGUGACGCCCAGCACACGGGCUGAAGCGGCACACAUUCCCGUCAACGAAGAGCGUGGCAUCCAGCGUGAUCUCAAACGGUUCAUCAAGAAAGCCACAGGAAGGAUGAAGGGCCAUGUUCCGCGCGAAACGCACAUUGUGAGGAUCCCUGCCGCCGCGCAGGACGGCUACUUUCGGAUCGUGGUCUGCCAAACGAGCGACGGCAAAAAGGUGCUCGGCGGCAGCCCCGUGUUCCGACUCGCCAGCACGUCGGCCGACGUCAGCGUGCUGCGCGGCGCCGGGCUGCGGAGCAUGCCGCUGGAAGUGGGCGCCAAGAUGGCGAGCGUCGUGGGCAGCGCCAUGGUGACCACGUAUGCGGGCGCGGCGACGGGCGCGGCCAAGGCGGGCGUCGGCAAGGUGGCGAGCGUGACGGUGAAGAAGGUCGGGCAGCAGGCGUAUCGGGGGUACGAGAGGACGGGAGUGGGGGAGAUGGUGAAAGGGAGCUGGCAGACUAGUACGAUGGGCAGAUAUGAGCGUGCAGUGUCGUCGGCAAUGAUGGAGCCGACGGUAGGAAUCGUUGGCAGAGACGAGGGCCCGGAAAUGCCGUUUCCGAUCAAGUUCUCGGGACGAGUGGUCAAAGGCAGCGGGUACACGGCGGCGAGAUAUGGCUUUCCAACAGCGAAUCUGGUGGAUGUGCCGGAGGAGCUGACAAUGCGCAUGACGGGUACCUUUGCCGCAUGGGUACGCAUCAAAGGCGCCGACGAGGGCGAUUUAGCAUGGAACGAAGCGGUAGUCGGUAUUGCACCAGCAGAAAACGCUCCUCCGCGUAUUGUAUCCAAGAACCUUGUUGCGGUGCAUAUUUUGCACGAGUUUGACGAGGUUGAGCUGUGCGGCGAAUCCCUGCAGGUUCUCCUGAUGGGGUUUCUACGGCCGGUGCAUGGAGCCGUGGAGGACGUGGAUGCUGCGAUGCAGCGGCAUGCUGAUGACCUCCUGACCACACUGGCGACGCUGGCCCGGCCGAGGUGGCAGCCGCAGGAGACGAGGGAGAGGUUGAGGACGCGCAGGAGCGAGCGUGGUUGGAGCGAGAGACUGGGUGGCGUGACGGGGAUGCUGGUGGCGAGGGUGGAUAGAGUGCCGAUGCACAAGGCGGGGAUACGCAGCGAGGCGGGGGCGUUGCGGGAUGCGAGUUACGGGAACGGAGGACUAUGGAUACGGCAGUAG